UCGCACCCUAAAAGUGCGUUCCAAAAAUCUGGAAUCAAAUCGCACUUUAGCCAAGCGAUUUUUGGUCUGACCUAGUAAAAUCGCAUGGCCGAAAUGCGAUUUAGGUCUGACCUACUAAAAUCGCAUGGCCGAGGUGCGAUUUAAAGCCAGACCUAGUAAAAUCGCAUGCCUGGGAUGCGAUUUGUUUCUGCCAGACAAAAUCGCACUAUGAGGAUGCGAUUUUAACAUGCAAACCGCACCUUAAAGGUGCGGUUUUGGUCAAUCAAUUUCCGACAUGCAUGCAGACGUUACAGACGUGGGUCUGUAUGGGUCUGCAUGGCAGACGAAAAUCGCAUCUCUAAGGUGCGGUUUUCAUCAAGAUUUUGCCUAUAAAAGGCCUACCGGACAACCAUUUCUCUUCACACCUCUCCUUCUCACUUCCCUUUUCAAUUUUCUUUUGUAGCUCUAUAUUUCUUUAGUAGUUUUGCGGUUAACGUUAACUCGUAAGUUGAUUUAGUAUUACAUAUUUCUUUAGUAGUUUUGCGAUUAACGUUAACUCGUAAGUUGAUGUUGCUCUAUAUUUCUUUAGUAGUUUUGCGAUUAACGUUAACUCGUAAGUUGAUGUUGCUCUAUAUUUCUUUAGUAGUUUUGUGAUUAACGUUAACUCGUAAGUUGAUUUAGUAUUACAUAUUUCUUUAGUAGUAUUGUGAUUAACGUUAACUCGUAAGUUGAUUUAGUAUUACUUUGUAUUGUUAAUUUUUAUUUUUGAUUUUUAUGAUAUUAACUUAACUACGGUUUUAUCGCAGAUGGCAUUCCAAAAGUUCACGCUUGGCUUACGGUGGAAUGGUUACACGGAAGAGACCGGAAAGGGUGCCACCUACGUAGGUGGCAAUUUUCAGAAGAUAAAGGUCGCUACCAGACCGCUGCUUGAAGACCUCCAUCAAAUGUGCACUAACGUUACUUGCAUGGAUGGCACGAGAAAAGUUGAUCGUAUGGUGUACCGAUAUCCAAACAGAGAAAGUGGGUCAUUGUGGCAUGAAGAAUAUCUCAUAACCACUCAGGAUGAGGUAGACGCCAUGCUCGAAUUCAUGAGGUCCAACAAUCUUUCCAAAGCCGAGAUGUUCGUUUACACCGAGCCGGUCGUAGGCGUUGGAGGUCAUUCUGGACACGGUCAAACAUAUGGUACCCAUGGUGGAGGUGAAUUAUAUGGCGAUCAUCCCUACCAAAGUUACCAUGAUCCUCAUUCAUAUUUUCAGUACCAAGAGCAAGGUGAAGGUCAUCAUCAAUCAUAUGAAGAAGAAGUUCAACCGGACCGGCCCAACCAACCUCAGUACAACUUCCUCUCAGGCAGCGGUAGUUUUCACAACUACCAUUAUGGAGCUGAUGAAGGUGCCUUUCAUGAGCUGGAUCAGAUGGAGGAUGUCAUGCCAGCACCAGUCAGUGACCCCUCCGACGAAGAAGGAGAGAACAACGUUAGUGCAGACAGCUCCGGCCCUCUUGAAGGUGCCGAUGAUUCCGGACCAGAGUCAGACUCAGCUAAUGAUGAUGAGGGGGCUGUGACCGUGUACCAGUCCCCUACUACAAUCACAUUCCAGACGACAAUUGGAUGGUCGACAGCGACAUGGAGCCGCCAGAGGUCCCAAUAUGGGGUCCACUCACUGGGUUUAUGAAGGGCCCAACAAGGUUCAAAAUGCGACCCUAACCUUGCAUUUCCAGUGAAGGGUUUUGAGAGAUACGGCCUUCCAAAGUACCCUUCCCAAAACUGUCUCAACACUUAGGAAAAAAUCCAGCCUUGUUCG